AUGUACUUAUUCGGAGUCCUCUUCAUCAAAAACUUGUACGUCUCCCUGCCCGCAACAGUUCACUGGGGACGUUGCAUAUAUCUACUACCUAUCCAACCAAACCAUGCUUACUGUUUGCCCUGCAGCAUUCUCGUCUUUAUCAUCACUCUCCUCCUGCUCUCUGCCGAUUUCUAUUACCUGAAGAACAUUGCUGGCCGUCGACUAGUGGGGCUGCGGUGGUGGAAUGAAGUCAACAUGCAGACCGGUGAAUCGCACUGGGUGUUUGAGAGCUCAGACCCCAAUACCCGUGUCAUCAGCGCUACGGACAAGCGGUUCUUCUGGCUGGGGCUCUACAGCACUCCGGCAUUGUGGAUUGGACUGGCUGUUCUAGCCAUUAUCCGGCUGCAGAGUGUGAUCUGGCUCAGUCUUGUCGCAAUUGCUCUUAUUCUCACGAUUACCAACACUCUGGCAUUCUCAAGAUGUGACAGGUUCAGCCAGGCUUCUUCGUUUGCCUCGAAUGCCCUUUCUGGCGGGAUUGCCGGGAACUUUGCAACAGGGAUGUUUGGAAGAAUUUUUUAG